GAAAAAGCCGUUGAACCAUUCCCAUAAUAAUUCUCUCUCACUUCUCCCCGGCGGCGCCACCAUGAAUAAACCUUUGAUUUCAGACAGGAAUAGAACUAGUCAUUAAUCAAUCAAUCAGAAACAGAAACAGCUAGCUAGCGUUGUUGUGGCCAAGUGAGGGUCCGCUGCAAACAUGUCGAGCAUCGUCAAGGAGAUCCUGGCGAGCCCGAUACAAAUGGCGGACCAGGUUUCGAAGCUGGCUGAGGAGGCCCAGAAUUUCCGACAGGAAUGUCUGGAGCUGAAAUCCAAAUCGGAGAAGCUGGCGGGCCUCCUCCGCCAGGCCGCCAGGAACAGCAACGAUCUCUACGAGCGUCCCACGCGCCGCAUCAUCGACGACACCGAACAAGUCCUCGACAAGGCCCUGGCGCUCGUUACCAAAUGCCGCGCCAACAGCCUCAUCAAGAAGCUCUUCACCAUCAUCCCCGCCACUGCCUUCCGCAAGACCUCCAUGCAGCUCGAGAAUUCCGUCGGCGACGUCCAGUGGCUACUCCGCGUCUCCGCCUCCGCCGACGAGCGCGACGACGAGUACCUCGGCCUCCCUCCCAUCGCCGCCAACGAGCCCAUCCUCUGCCUCAUUUGGGAGCAGGUCGCUAUUCUUCUCUCCGGCGCUUCCUUGGACGAACGUUCCGACGCUGCCGCCUCGCUCGUCUCUCUCGCUCGCGACAACGACCGUUACGGGAAGCUCAUCAUCGAAGAAGGCGGCGUCCCCCCUCUGCUUAAGCUCCUCAAGGAAGGAAGAAUGGACGGUCAGGAAAACGCCGCCAGAGCCAUCGGCUUGCUCGGGAAAGAUCCUGAAAGCGUGGAGCACAUUGUCAACUCCGGUGUCUGUUCCGUGUUUGCCAAGGUCCUCAAAGAAGGCCACAUGAAGGUUCAAACGGUUGUUGCCUGGGCUAUCUCUGAACUCGCCGCGAAUCACCCGAAAUGCCAGGAUCAUUUUUCGCAGAACAACGCCAUACGCUUGCUGGUUAGCCAUCUGGCGUUUGAGACAAUUCAAGAGCAUAGCAAGUACGCCAUUGCGAACAAACACAAAUCCAUUCACUCGGUUCUAAUGGCGAGUAAUACAACCAGCGCGCAGGAAGAGGAUGAUGAUAAGCAGGUUUCUCACCCCAUGUCGGGUCAGUCAUCCACUCUAAUGCACAACGUGGUUUCCAACACAAUGGCCAUAAAGAGCGCCAUGGAGGAGGAUGACAAAGCCAACACCAAGAAACAACAACAGCAACAGAGUGGGAAUGGUUCGCACUUGGCAAUUGCUGGGAAGAGUAUUAAGGGGAGGGAAUAUGAAGACGCGGGGACCAAGGCACAGAUGAAGGCCAUGGCAGCCAGAGCCUUAUGGCAACUCUCGAGGGGAAACUUGACCGUGUGUCGGAGCAUAACAGAGUCAAGGGCUCUAUUGUGUUUCGCGGUUCUUUUGGAAAAAGGACCAGACGAUGUGCAAUCGUAUUCGGCAAUGGCGUUGAUGGAAAUCACUGCAGUGUCGGAGCAACAUUCGGAGCUGAGGCGCUCUGCUUUCAAACCAACUUCCCCUGCUGCCAAGGCUGUGGUGGAGCAGCUCCUUAAAGUAAUCGAAAAAGAACAAGCGGAACUUCUCAUAGCUUGCGUCAGAUCCGUGGGAAAUUUGGCGAGGACGUUCAGAGCCACCGAAACAAGACUCAUAGGGCCGUUGGUGAGGCUUCUGGACGAAAGAGAGGCGCAGGUUAGCAUGGAAGCGGCCAUUGCGCUCAACAAAUUUGCUUGUACGGACAACUACCUUCAUGAGAAUCACUGCAACGCCAUCAUAGAGGCAGGGGGCGCCAAGCACUUGAUUCAACUCGUUUACUUUGGGGAGCAAAUGGUUCAGAUUUCUUCCGUUACUCUGCUUUGUUACAUAGCGCUGCACGUCCCCAAAAGCGAGACACUGGCGCAAGAAGAGGUGCUCAUUGUUCUCGAGUGGUGCACCAAGCAGCCACAUCUCAUCGACCAACCCUCCAUCCAACCACUCUUACCAGAAGCCAAGAGCAGGCUCGAACUCUAUCAAUCCAGAGGAAGAGGAUUCCGCUGAUUUUGUCAUCAGUACUGUAUAUACAUCAAAAUUAGCAAAUCUAAUUAAU